AUAGAGAUACAUAUAAGAAUUUCGUUCAUAUUUUCUUGUGUUUCUUCUUUAGAAUUAUACUUAGAGACAUUUUUCUAUAUAGCUUUUUGGUUUUUCUAAGGAAUAAAAAAUAUAGGAGAAAGAGGGACUUCUCAGAGAAGUCAAGAGUCAGAGAUUCAUCCAAAAACAAGCUGAUACUGCAUAUUGGAGGGAAACCGAAAAUGGAUUCUGAUGCUACAUGGGAGAGUCGUUUGCCAAAAAAUUAUAUGGAUAUCAUCUCCAGAUCAGAUUCAGCAUCAUAUUUGUAUCCUUUGCCCAAGGAAGAACUAUAUAACCAUUUUCUUAACCACCCCACCAUCAUAGAUAAUGGUACCAAGAGCUUUGCAAUAGAUAAAAAGAGUGAGAAAUCAUGCUAUAUGAUAGGGGCAAGAGGGCUUGAAAUUGAACAUGUAGAAAAGCCACAGUAUUGGCAAUGGAAAUCUCUACCUGUGUCAAGGUUCUCGGAAGUAGCUGAACUCAAAGAAGUAUGGUUUCUCCACAUAAAAGGAAAAAUAGAAAAAAUGAUGUUGCCCCCUGGAACUUAUGGAGUUUACUUUGUGUAUAAGCUUACAGAAAACAUAUCCGUAUUUCGUCGAGUACCUGUUGAGUUAAGCGUCGAUUUCAAUGGACAAGUGAAGGGGAACGGGCCAAACAACUACCUCGACCCUUUGCAUCCACGUCAAAAUGAUAGAGGAGAUGGGUGGAGGGAGAUUGAGAUGGGUGAGUUCUCCAUUAAAGAUGGAGAGAAUGACAGACUUGUGUUCAUGCUCAAGGAGUAUGAUACUAAAACUAAGAAGAAUGGACUCAUUGUAGAAGGGAUUGAGAUUAGGGCUAAACAUGGAUAGAAAUUAAUUAGUUAUGGUUUAUUGUUGUCAAUAAUGGAGAAGGGCGGAGCCACAUCUCCCUCGCCCUUUUUUGACUUUUACUUUUACCAUAUGUGCAUUUUAUUAUAUUUUAAGCUUGUAUUUUGUAUUUUGAAUAUUUUUGGUAUAUUUAGUAAUGUUACAUGUAAUAAAAUAUUUACUAAAUAAUACGU